CCCUAGCUACCCCCAAAUCUCACACUAAUAUUUCUUCAUUCUUCUUCCUCCAAUCCAAACACUUCCUUCCUCUCUUCUUUCCCUUUUUCCUCUCUGCUUAAAUCUACUUUAGCUUUAGCUCCGUAUACAGAUAGUAUGCCUGAAUGUCAAGAGAAAGGGAGCGAUAUGAGGAGAUAGGUAAAAAAAUAAAGAGGGAAGCAGAUGAGUACUCGCAGAUGGGAAGAAGAUAUAUGUUGGUGCCUCCAGGAAACACAAGCUUAAAUACUGUAACGCCUUGUGCUGCCUGUAAGCUUUUGAGACGUCGUUGUGCUCAAGAAUGUCCAUUUUCUCCAUAUUUUUCCCCUCAUGAACCUCAAAAGUUUGCUUCUGUUCACAAGGUUUUUGGUGCUAGUAAUGUUUCCAAGAUGCUAAUGGAAGUACCUGAGAGCCAAAGAGCAGAUACAGCUAAUAGCUUAGUUUAUGAAGCAAAUGUAAGGUUAAGAGAUCCCGUGUACGGGUGCAUGGGAGCGAUUUCUUCUCUACAACAGCAAGUUCAAGCAUUACAAGCGGAGCUGAAUGUUAUUAGAGCGGAGAUAAUAAAGUACAACACUACUACUACUACACUACUCAUUCCGUCUUCUCAUAUCACAUCAUUGCUUUCUUCUGGAGCUGUAUCCAUCGCCACACCACCGCCACCAUUAACAAUUCUACCUUCAACCAUAUCUUCUACUCAUGAUGCAAACAUGUACACUCAACCCUCUACAACCACCACUCAAUUUACCAGUGAGAAUAAUAUAUCCUAUUUUGGCUAG